CAGCGAACAGUAGCGGAGGGGACAAGAAAAGGAGAGAAGCCUAAUCCGCGCCCUAGCUCCCCUGGAUCUCCCUCCAUCCCUCGUCUCCCUCGAUCUCCAGCUAAUCUCGAUUCAGACUUCAGUUUCUCACUCCGUCGCGUCUAUCGUCUCCCCCCUCUCAGGUGUGGAUGGAAUUUUUUUUCCAUAUGAUAUUAGCAUGGCAUCACUUUUUGGGCAAUGAAACCUGUCCAGCCUUUUUAGGGCUUCUACCGACAGGGUCGGGCUCGCACAUAUUUUGAGCUGGGCAUCGGGCAGGGUCCCGCCCUGCCCAGCACCGUCUAUGUGCACCCCUAAAUCUUCACCAUUAAGCAAAAUGUUGGAUUUUUUUUAAUCUUAUUUUUCUCGUAGCUUUUUGACUUCUGUGUCUAACUUGAUGACAAUUCAUCCUUAAAAAUUGUUUCCAAAAGAGACAAAGCACAAUGGCCAUAUCACUUCGCAAUUGGAUUUAGACAUAAUGAUCUUUCUUGUUGAACCAUGAUCGUUAGAUUUAGUUGUUGUCAUAGAGUUUUCUUCCUUUAAAAAAAACUGAACAUGAAAAUACAUAUAUGUAAUUGAACGACACAUUUGGUAAUGCACAUGUAUAUCUUUUAAGAGCGAAAACACUGCAACAUUAAAAAUGGCAGAAUUAAAUGGCCUAUUUAGAAGUUUAUGCAUGCAUCAACAAGAUUUAAAAAAAUUGAAAAAUUGCGUCGAAUUAAUAAGCUCUUCAUGCAUUAAAGAUAGAUAAUAAUAAUAACAAUACAUCCUUCUGAUCUUGAGUUUAUUGAAGAAAUGUAUUAAUAUUUCUUUAUAAGGAUUCAAAACUUCCAAAUCGUCGUUUUCAUUUUCUAGAGUUUGAUCUGAGUAUGAGCAGGGAGGUUAGGGUUCUAAACCCAAGAGAGUAAAACCCGUCGUAUAACCCCUAUCUAAUCCGAUUCUGUGCUUGAACCGAUGAGUCACACUGCUUCAGUUUCCAUUUUAUUAGCCACUUUUUCUGUUCCAUCAACAUAAAUGUAAGCUAGGCUGCUUUUUUUUUUUUAAAAAAAAUUUACAUAGAGAAGAUUUUUUAAUUUUUAGACUCCAACAGUCCAUCCUUACCCGACCUUAAUCGUAACUGAAGGCUGACAAGAACUUUAAUUUAUCUUGUUUUUAAAUGGAGACCAACCGACCCAAAUAUUUUGUAAUUCGGCCUUCCGGAAGAGCAGUUUCAUUGUUGCCAGAAAUUGCGUGCUUUUCAGAAGAACAUCCUAGGUUCAUGCUUAAAAUACGAUGAAACAGCAAUUUCACAGCUUCGAUUGAAAUGGAGGGUCCUCCUUCCAGCGAUUUUUGUUCCGUGUGCCAUGGAGACUACAACAAUCCUUGCCAAGCCAAUUGCUCUCACUGGUUUUGCGGAAGAUGUAUUAUGCAAGUGUGGCACCAUGGAUCUACUGUCAGGCCAUGCAGAUGCCCCUUAUGUCGCCGUCAAAUUACAUUGCUGGUUCCAACUGAGGACUUUUUAAGGCAGCGUUAUGACCCUGAAGUUGCUGAGGUUCUACAAGGUAUUGAAGCAUACAAUCGUCUGUUUGGUGGUCAGGCAACUGGUCUGUUUCAGAGAAUGCAAGAUCUUCCUUUUCUCUUGCGAAGGCUACUGAGGGAGCUGAUGGAUCCUCACAGAUCACUUCCUCUUGUCAUUAAGGCUCGUGUCUAUAUGGCAAUGAUAUCAAGUGUUGUUUACAUUGUAAGCCCUGUUGACAUUAUUCCAGAAGCGAUGUUGGGAAUAUUUGGUUUGUUGGAUGAUCUCCUUGUUGCGCUCCUCUGCUUCCUCUAUGUUGCUUCUCUUUACAGAUCAUUGCUCUAUUUCCGUCAUGGGGGCUCUCGUGUCUGAACUUAAUCCUUGAUGUUAUGCUUAUUUACAUUGUUGUUUCAUCCAUAAUUUGUUGUAUGCUUGUCUUUUUCGUUUUCCAUUGUAAGUCCUGCUGACAUUAUUCCAGAAUCAAUUUAUGUUUUAUAAGGU